GUGGUUGCGAACUGGCCAAAGGACGCCCUUCCCAACUACGACGUGAUUUUGUGCUCGGAUGUCCUUUACUGGUCUGACGUGGUUGCAGAUCUCGCUGCAGUUCUUGGGCGCUUGCUCCAGAAUGGAAAGACGACCCUCCUUUGGUGUUGGGUCCGGAGACACGAGAACGUGGCUCGUGAGCUUUGGAGGGCGCUUGCUGCUCAGGGCAUCGUCGUGGGCCGUUUGCCUUUGGAGACUGGGCUGCUGCAGUCCGAGGACUUUUGCCAUGUGAGCCGCCAUGUCGAGGCAUUUGUAGGCUGCGCUCGCGGGGGUCAGCUCGACCAG